GCGGGCCGGCCGUCAGGACUGAACAAUCUUUGUUUUACUAUGACCAUUUCCUUGGCCUCUCUCUUUACUUAACCUCCUUCACGCCGAAACCAAAACAGAACAAAGGCGCACACGCAUGAACAAAACACAAAACUCAAGCCUCCGAGAGAAGCAAAAGAGGAAAGACAGAAGCUUGUAAUAUGUAUUAAUGCAACAUCGUCUGCACUCAAUCUCUUUGCUUCAUCACAAAAACUAAGGGAGAAAAGAAAAGAAGGUUCCUUUGCUUGAAGAAAAACGAUCCCUUUCUUGAGAAGAAAUAAACAAGAGAGCUUGAUCAAGGGGAUUCCUGGCUUGGCUUAUAAAAUCUGAUUGUUGAGUGUAGCUGUAUCUGAGAAUGGGGGAUCAUUUUGUAUUACUAGUGGACCGCUUGCUGACAGAAUCCACGUUGGAAGCCGCAAUUGAAAGCAGGAACAAAUCUUUGCAGGCCACUGCAUCAGCAGUUGAUGACACAGAAGCUGUCAAUUCUUCUCCAAAGGUGGAUUUAUCGUCACCAAGGAAAAUUGUGGAAUGCAGGAUAUGCCAAGAUGAGGAUGAAGAUUCAAAUAUGGAGACUCCUUGUUCUUGUUGUGGCAGCUUGAAGUAUGCUCAUCGCAGAUGUGUACAAAGAUGGUGCAAUGAGAAGGGCAACACAACCUGUGAAAUAUGCCAUCAGCAUUUCAAGCCAGGCUAUACUGCACCACCUCCCUUGUUUCAAAUUGGGAGUAUACCGAUGAAUUUGAGGGGAAACUGGGAAAUUUCCAGGAGGGAGUUAAACAGUUCUCGCUUUAUAGCAGUGGUCUCAACCGAUCGAAGCUUACUGGAUUCUGGCUAUGAUGAAUAUUCAGUUUCCAAUACAAGAAGCUUUAUAUGUUACCGUACGGUAGCAAUAAUUUUCAUGCUUCUUUUGAUUUUGCGACAUACACUUCCUGUCAUGCUAAGCCGAAUGAAUGGGUAUUCUUUUCUAUUGUUUAUGUUGUUAGUACUUCGGAUUGUUGGAAUUGUCCUACCACUCUAUGUCCUGGUGAAAGCAGUGACUGGCUUUUAUCGUCGCCGGCAGCAACAGGAGACUCCAGCUUCAUUAUUUACUCAAUCAGAUGAAGAAACUGAGCAUUCUAGCAUGCAACCUCAGUCUCACACAAUUAAUGUCCGUUGAAAGCAACAUAGGUGAACGAAAAGUUAUCAACUGUUAUUGAGCAGAACACGCCUAUCUUUCUAUCCGUUUUAUGUUUCAAGGUAAAUUAAUAUAUUUUCAUUAUUAGCCACCUUCAAGUGGUAAAAGAGUAAAAAACUGGAAGGUGUGGAUCUCUGCUGAUACUACAGGACUUGUAGUUUGACAAUGAAUUGUAUUAGCUCUUCAUUGACAAAAGUACUGUCUUAGCUAUACAACAUGUUUUGCAAAUUGUCUUAGAAGAACUGUACAGUUUGGGGAUGAUCCCACUUGUAUAUAGUCAAAGAAAAUAUACAUGCAAGCAAAAAAAUCCUAAGAGUGCACUUGUAUAUAUGAACCAAUCUGCAGUAUACGCAAGGAACAUCAGCAAUACAAGUGAAUAUAAUUAUACA